AGUGAAACCCCGUAUUGGUGCGUGUAUUGCUUUAAGAACUAAUCACGUGACCGAUACAGGAAGUGUAUCGGUUGAAUUUGUCGCGCCAAAGUGUGUUUAUAAGGAAUCAAACUGUAUCAACAUGUCGUGGGUUUGUUGGAUGGAGUUUUGCUGUUGCGUUAUUAUGGAUCGUUCAAGGAAGUUUUCCCCGGUGUGGAAUCAUUUUGAUCUUCUGACGCCAAACAAGGUGAAGUGUAGGCUCUGUUCUACAGAGCUGUCUUACAUCAAUAAGAGCACUUCAUCAAUGCUGAGGCAUUACAGAGCUCGGCAUGGUGGCGAUGAAGAAUCAGCAGAUACCCGUGAGAAUACCCCAGUUCCUAAGCAAGCAGUGGAUGAGGCAGUGGUCAACAUGAUCAUCAAAGACUGUCAGCCACUCAGCUUGGUUGAAAAUGAGGGAUUCAGGGAGCUCUUGAAGCUCAUCAUACCCUCGUAUGUUCUACCAAGCAGGAAGGUAUGUUUAAGAAAGGUUAUUAUUAUAUUUUUUUUAGGGCACAAUCUCUGGGAAACAUUUGACAUGGAGGUUGAGGAGAACAAGAGGACCUCUAAUGCCACAGCUGAUUCGAUACUAGAAGUCCAACGCUACCUGGCAGAAAGCAACCUACCCAGAAAACAAGACCCAUUACAAUAUUGGAAGAGCAACGAGAGAGCUUAUCCACACCUUCAUGAGCUUGCACUGAAAUGUCUCUGCUCACCAUGUUCGUCUGUGCCAUGUGAGAGAGUAUUUUCUAAGGCGGGGGAGCUGGUGUCAAAGAGGAGAAAUCGCCUUGGAGCAAAACACUUCAGAAACUGUUGCUCCUCAAUAAAAAUGCAUAAACAAAUCACUUCUUUUCUCAAGUAUUUUAUUUCAUAUGAUUGA